GAAAUCCGUCAAGGCGCGCUGCUCUUCUAGUGAUCGCAGUGCGUGGCGUCCCUGUGGAGUGUGAGGCCGGGGCUCCUUGGGGAUUCGCAGCGCGAACAUCCUAACUAAACCAUCAAGGUCGAAUGGAAGUAUGAUUCGUCAUUCUCCAUCUCCAUAUGUAUUAUAUCCAUCUGAUAAGCCUUUCCUUAAUAGUGAUCUACGACGAUCCCCAAAUAAGCCCACAUUUGCCUAUCCAGAAAGCAACAGCAGAGCCAUAUUUUCUGCUCUUAAGAAUCUUCAAGAGAAGAUUCGACGCUUGGAACUGGAAAGGAUUCAGGCAGAAGAAAGUGUGAAAACCUUGUCUAGGGAAACAAUUGAAUAUAAGAAAGUAUUGGAUGAACAGAUACAAGAGAGAGAGAAUUCAAAGAAUGAAGAAUCAAAACACAAUCAAGAACUGACAUCUCAGUUGUUAGCUGCAGAAAAUAAAUGUAAUCUGUUAGAAAAACAAUUGGAAUACAUGCGAAAUAUGAUAAAGCACGCAGAAAUGGAGAGGACAUCUGUCUUAGAAAAGCAGGUUUCACUAGAAAAAGAACGGCAACAUGAUCAAAACCAUGUUCAGAGCCAGCUGGAAAAACUGGAUCUUCUUGAACAGGAAUACAGCAAACUCACUACGAUGCAGGUCCUUGCAGAAAAAAAGAUGCAAGAGUUGGAGUCUAAACUUCAUGAAGAAGAGCAGGAAAGGAAGCGUAUGCAGGCACAAGCAGCAGAGUUGCAGACUGGUCUAGAAGCAAAUAGACUUAUUUUUGAAGAUAAGACAACUUCUUCGUAUGUUGCAACCAACACUAGAAAAAUUAAAAAAAAAAAGUCAAAACCACCAGAAAAGAAAGGUCCUAGGAACUAUUUUGGUGCACAGCCACAUUACAGAUUGUGCUUAGGCGAUAUGCCCUUUGUUGCUGGAAAGUCCACCAGUCCCAGCCAUGCCGUGGUAGCCAACGUUCAACAUGUCUUGCAUCUGAUGAAGCACCACAGUAAAGCUUUGUGCAAUGAUCGAGUUGUUAACAGUGUCCCCUUGGCAAAGCAAGCCUGUUCACGAGGUUGCAGGAGUAGUAAGAAGUCAGUGACACCUCCCUCUGGCAGUGUCAGUGAAGAACUGUCGGAUGUCUUAGAGACUCUGCAGGAUGAAUUUGGGCAAAUGAGCUUUGAUCACCAGCAGCUUGCUAAACUCAUACAGGAGUCACCAACUGUGGAACUGAAAGACAACUUGGAGUGUGAAUUGGAGGCAUUAGUGGGAAGAAUGGAAGCAAAGGCCAACCAGAUAACUAAAGUGCGGAAAUACCAAGCACAGCUGGAGAAACAAAACAUAGAUAAGCAGAAGAAGGAAUUAAAACCUAACAAAAAGACUCUUGAUGAAGAAGGAAACAGCAGCAAUCGGUCACCUGGAGUCACAAGGACCACAAGUAAGAAGGAUUUUGCCAAACAGAGACCUGGAGAAAAAAGCAGGAAAAAUCUUCAGUUAUUGAAGGACAUGCAAACCAUACAGAAUUCACUGCAAAGCAGUAAUCUGUGUUGGGAUUACUGACACCAGAUCAUAAACGAUAUACCUUAUUGGACAAUAACAAUAAGACUUUCCAGGUUUCAUGCUUGCUAAUGUUGCCAUUACUAGCAGGUGUCCAGGGGCCCAAGCUUCAUUACAGUCUCUUGUGUCAUGCAGCACAACUACGUGGAAAUGGAGUUUUACACCAUGAGAGGCUUGUACUGUUUGAAUUUGCUAUACUCAUAUACUGCACUUUGUAAACAAAUGACCAGGUUUUUACUUGUGGGUGUUUUUUUAAAGUAGGACUAUAUGUAAAUUGGGUUUGAAAAUUCAGAAUGAGGCUGUCCCCGUAGUCAGUGCUUGAAAAGUCUCAUUUUUAAAUCUUCCCCAGGCAUGAAGUGACCUCUACUUUCCCCUCUCCAGAUGACCAUUAAAUGUACUGUUUUCAACUACUGAUAGAGGAUUUCUGUAUUUAAAUAUUUAUAUAUUUAAGAGGACUUUGUUUUGUUCUGGUUUUUGGUUAUUUCAGAUGUUGAUAAGCAUUAAGUCACUCUUAAAGACCCAAACAUUUUAAGUUAUCCAUGAAAUAUCUAACAACAUCUUCAUAAAACUAAAGACAGUUGUUAAUGAAAUCAAUGAACUUUUGAAAUAAAGAAUUAGGAGAAGGGGGGAAGGUUGUGAAAUGUACACAUCUGCAAUUUUUUGUAAUCAUGUUACUCAAUUAAGCACUGGUUUUUAAUCUUGAACCCCAUGCUUUUAGCAUACAGAAUAAGGGUAGUGUGUGUGUUGAGCACAGACAACUAUCAUUAUGUCAAUGUAAAUUAUAAUUUUGAAUAGAUUGACAUGUUAAACUUUAUAAAUUUGGUACUGAAAUCAAUAAAGCAAUUUUAAAACUUA